GUGGUACGGGGAGGAUGUCGUUCGCCCUGUUAUCCUUUGCUUUCCGACAGAGGAGGCGAAGCGGCUUAUUCUCCGAUAAGAUGCGCAAAUAACGGAAGGUGUGAAAUUCAAGCGAUCUGAUUAAUUUUAUCGGAGCUAUUUAAAAAGCGUGUCACUUCCCAUGUUUGGGUAAUUUUAUUGAAAAAACCAACAAAAUAAAGUUAUGUUUAUGUGAAAAAAGUGACGUCCUGAGAAUGUGAUUGUAAUUAUCAACAGAUGUACAGCCGUAUGUAGAAUGGUUAUCACCCAUGAAAUUGUACGCUCAAGAAAGAAUAUUCUUAACAGAAUGGAAAGCCUGUUAAAGUCGUAGAAAGUAAAUUGAAAUGAAUGAGGGCUGUUUCGAUUCAGAAAAACAAUAAGAAAUAACUUUUAUAUGUGAAGAUGAGAUUGCGUAGACGAAUAUAAAUUUAAGUGGUUGGUGUUUACACAAGUGGAAAUAAAAAUUAUCGGUUAUUACCGAAAUAUCCUCUUAAAAAUAGCAGUCGUGGAUGAUUGAAAAAAAUAUUCUUUGACUUUGAACAUUGAAAAUGUCAAGUCAGUCACUUAAUGUGGGAAAAUUCUCUUACAUAAAGCAUACCUAAAUUUCAUUGGUCUUGGGACCUCUGUUACAAAUGCACUGUCGGUCAUAUCUGUAACGAACAGAUGGGUCAUCUGAAGAGAUUUCUGUCUACCACAUAAAUUAAACAUACAUGAAUUGUAUGGGGGCCUCAUGCUCCUCUCUUGCUGGAGAGGUCUCCACCCCAAAAGUUCCUUCAGUGUCUUCGGCCAUUUCUCCAAUGAAAGUCGCCGUUAUUCGUAGCCUCAGACUUUCCUCGGUCAAUCUCGCGGUGUUUUUAAUGCUUCUGAUGAUCACCUCUUCGACAGUUGUUCCAGUUGAUCAAGAGAAAGAUAGAAUUCUCAGUCCACUAGGUAUAGGUAAACAUUCCCACGGGGCAUACCACAGCCACAGAUGGCUUAUGAGGAAGGAACGAGCCACGAAUACUACGAUGGCCAAACCAAAUCUUGAUUUCCAUUUUCGAACUGAUUCUGUGGUGACUGGACAGAAGAAUUCCCUCGGUAGAUUUAUAAAAAAUAAUGACAGUCAAACGACGGGAGGUCAUCGAACGAUUUCUCCAGGAACUUUAACGAAAGAUAUGAAGAGCCAUCAACAGUCACCAUCAAGCAGUUUUUCUAAGACAGGAUAUUUUGUGAACGAUAUCUCAAGCUCUGAAUUCGCUUCAUCCACAAGCUUACAUUCAAAAUGCAAGCAAGGAAUCUUGAUAGUAAAGACGCGUGGUAUAUCAAGAAAGGUAAAGAGCGGGCAAUUGCUGCGCUGUGGCAACUACAGCUUGAGAUACCCAUCCAUGAAUUGCAGCAUCCAUGGGGACAUGAUCGGAAAUCCUAAUUACUUGGACGAAAUUCGAUUAAAUAAAAAGGCCUCGAAAAGUUUGGAUGUCAUCGAGUGCAUUCACGACAAAAACGUAGGAGGACCAAAACGAGGUAAAUCAACUCGUUCUUUCCCUUCAUAUAAAAGGUUUACUCUGUGGUUGGCGCCAUUGCGUGCAUCAUAUCAUCUGCCUCAAGUAAACAUAGGUGAGAUAGACUGCAACUGCGUGACUCUUUCUAGUGCAACCAAAGGACCAUAUUCACCAGGGGCGUCUGAUCACUCAGAAUUUCGUCAACGGAUACGGGAGAUGCAUUUUAUGCGUUUCAUGUAUGACUAUCAAAGAUUUAAUUCAAAUAAAACGGAUAAAAUCAUUGAAAGCUUGAGACGAUAUUCCUCAGAGAAAGGAUCCAACACACGAAAUGCCACUUCAGUGGUAUUGAAAAAUGACAAUUCGACAGCGUCUGGGAACAGAGUCACGCAGAAGAAAACGUUCGGGAAACAAAACCACGCCAGAGAAAAACGUUUCGUUUUGCCAGGUGCAGUUUAUUUUGAAAAUGUGUUUAGCAGGAAAGGGAAAUGGAGCCAGAAAAGCGUCAUCCCUUCGAGACGGAGAAAUUAUGGAGCGUUUCGUGGGCAAAGAGGAUUAUCCAAGGAAAAAUCAUUAUGGAAAAUGUCCCGUGGUUUAGACGAAGCGAGUAUUCCUCACGAAAAAUUGUGGAAGUCUGUCUCGAGAAAUUUGAAUAAUGGCGAGAGGAAAAGUUUCGCAGCCAGAAAGGUAAAUAAUUAUUGGAUAGCAAUUCCUCCGCUGCAGGAAAGCAUCAACGACCGGAAACGAAAUUCCUCAAGAAGUGAGAUUCCGGUUAUGAAGGAGCAUCCCUCGUCGGAUGAAAAGAAAUUCGGGAGGACCUGGAAAAGAGAAAAUGGAAAGUGGACGUGGAAGGAAUUGACAAUAGGACGUAGACGCUCGUCUGGGAAGAAGAAGGAACUGCCUAUUGUCCCCGAUAAAAAGAGAAACCGAGAAACUUCAUUUUUCUCAGAAAUGACCCCUGUGUCACUUGCCGAAAAGAAAUUAAGUGCUCGGGGAAAAGUUUCAAAGGAAAAUAGAACCGCGAAAAGCUCAUGCAUACACAGAAGUCAGACCCAUCCUUUGUCAGAAUCAAAUAGUGAAAGCAGACUAUUGAACGGCACUACUCCAUCAUAUCAGCCUUCUCAAAAUAGUGCUUAUUAUAGAGGCGCCAGAAUAGAAAGGAUGAAGAGAAAGGUUGCAGUCAGCAUCAAAGAAUGUAGGGAAGAAAGCGGAGAUUCUCAUGAUGGAGAUAUCGACAAUAAGAGCCCAGACAAGGCAAGGAGUUCUCGAGUGCCUGUGGGAUAUUCAGGUGCGUCAGAAAGUUCAAUCGGAAUUGAUGAGUCCCGCGAGACCAACUUUCUUAAUACUAAAAACUCAGAAGAGGCCGAAACUUUUCACGGUGAUCAACGGAGCUUCUCAAGAAGUCUCGAUGUGCCAAGAGGACGUCAGAAGAUGAUGGGUCGACGUCAUAAGCGAAAAAUUGACAUAUCAAGCGUUUCUGUGGUGGAGGGCGAAGAAGCGGCCUUGCCUUGUGACCUGAGGUCAGCUGAUCCGGAUGAUUCGGUGCAGAUCAUCCUUUGGAUUAAGGAAGGUCUACACACUCCACUUUAUAGCUACGAUUUCCGGGAACUCCUGAGGGGGCAACCCAAGGAGACGAAGCCAGAUGCCAAUUCUACCCUGUCGAGGAGGACUUCCUUCAGGACCGAUAGAUCUCCAGCAGCCCUCAUCAUCCAGAAGACGGAGAUGGAUGACGCCGGCAUAUACCGAUGUCGGGUCGAUUUCCGUCACUCGCCCACACUCAACUACAGGGUCAACUUGACAGUCAUCGUUGCCCCAACAACAGUAAGCAUCAGCUGGUACACCAAUAACUCUUCCCCGAAAACUGUGGUGGGAGAGAAAGCUGGUCCUUUUCUGGAACACACACAACCAACCAUUGUCUGCAAGAACAGCGACGGUUGGCCUCCACCAUCAGUGAUAUGGUACGAAAACGACAAAGUUCUGGACGAUUCGUACGUCGUCGAUUACGAGGAAGGUGUUGUGGUCAAUGACCUCGUUUUCCCUACCAUAACAAGAGAUGACCUUGGGCGUAACCUUACGUGCAUCGCUUCAAACACAAAGCGAUCCCCUCCGGCUGUGAAAUCAAUCGUUACUGACAUGACACUUCGCAUCAUAGGAGUCAAGCUCAUAAAUCCCGGGACGAUAUGGGCUGACGAACGUUCGAGAGCAGUCUGUCAAAUUUGGGGAUCAAAGCCCCCUCCCAACGUCGUUUGGUGGCUUGGAUCCCUAAUGCUUCCGCCUGCUGAGACUAAGAUCUCUGACGACGACAGGAACGUGACUCUCUCUUACCUGGACUUCAUCCCAGCAGCUGAUGACGAUGAGGCGAUGCUGAUAUGCCAAGCAACCAAUGAGAUGCUUCCUGAUCAAGCUGUGCAGGACUCGACAAUCCUUGUCGUUAACUAUGCCCCACUGGUCAGCGUCCACCUUGGCCGUUCUCUCGACCCGGACAAGAUCAAAGAAGGUGAUGACGUUUACUUCGAGUGCACCGUCAUCUCGAAACCUCCAGUUUUUAAUGUCAUCUGGAAGCACAACGGUGUCGAAUUAGUGGAAGGAUCGGGAGUUAUCCUCUCUAACAUGUCGCUGGUGGUCCAGGGGGUAACCAGAUCUCAUGGCGGGAAUUACACUUGUCACGCCACUAACGUCAGGAAUACGUCGGCUUCUCCUCCAUUGCAUCUGGAUGUUAAAUACACUCCUGUCUGUGCCUCGGAGCAAAGGCAGCAGCACUCUGUUGGAAAGCAGGAAAAUGCCGAGAUAUCUUGCAAAGUCGACGCUAAUCCCAAAGUCGUAUCCUUUCGAUGGACCUUCAACAACACGGCUGAGGCCAUUGACGUUCCUGAAGGCAGGUUUGUGGUUGUUGGCACGGAGUCGAGAGUGAAUUACACACCAAUGAAUGAAUUGGAUUAUGGCACCCUUCUGUGCUGGGCGAAUAAUUCCAUUGGAAUGCAGCAGCAUCCCUGUGUCUUUCAAAUAGUAGCUGCAGGCAAGCCGGAUCCACCUCACAAUUGCCGAGUGUUUGACGUCACAAUAAGCUCCCUGCAAGUGCAAUGUUUACCCGGCGAUGAUGGAGGGCUUAAUCAAAUGUUCAUUCUACACCUCUACAAAAUUGGCUCGGUGUCCCCAAUCGCCGAGCUCAGUCGGGCUUCCCCUUCGUUUACCAUUAAUAAUUUACGACCUGCGACAUCAUACCGAAUUGUUAUAGCUUCCGUAAAUGAGAAAGGCACUUCCAGACUCACAGAACUCAACGCUUAUACGGUGAAAGUGCUCGAAACGCUCGAGGAAACCAGUGCAGAACCCGCCCGUGACAGAGUGCGAGGGACGGGUUUCCCCCUGGCAGCCAUUCUGGGAAUCAUAGGCGCCGUUGUUUCUGUGGCAUUGGCCUCGGUCGUCUUGGUUUGGUUUCGUGUUUGUCGCAACGUGGCGCGGGACGAGGAAGGGAAUGAAGGCAGCGCUGGGAGCGGCAGCGAAGCUAAUGCCAAUUCCCAUUCCAGCCAGAGCAAGGAGCCAGCAACCACAGAAUUCGCUGUGUCUGAGACUUCCCUGCAAACGACCUGCCAUCUCGAUGUCCAGCAGUUAGCAGAUCCAUCGUGGUCGGGGGAAGUGGCUCUCAUAGCAACGAUAUCAGCCCCGCCUUAUGUGGUCACUGGAGGCGAAAAACAAUACUCGACGAUAACAGGAGCGCAUGCGCCUUCUUCUCAGGUUGGUGUUGUUCCAUAUCCCCAGUUUGCGAGCCAAGGGACCUUACAUCCCCAUUUACAGUGUUCGUCUGAAGUACAGCUGCAGACGCCAGCCAGAAAAGUACCUCAUGUGCCUUACUACACUGACUCUGCUCAGCUUGAACAGUUUCCUUCAACUCUUGAACAACAACUGGAUCCGAAAGAGGGGUAUCAUGUGCCCAGCCAGACUGGGGAGAAACUUUACCCUUACGAUUCCCAGGUGAAUACCCCUGGCAAAGACCAGGACGAAGUCUUCCCUCCUUUGUUCCACAUCCUCCCAGAGUCGAUGUCGAAAUCUUCUCAGAGCUUAUCUCACUGCAGCAUCCAUCACUGUCAAAAGGACCACGUCUCAACCCUGGACAGUUCAUCUCUCCCGCCGGUGAAUCUAGACAUGACAAGGAGAGGAUCUUUGAAGAGGCUCGCUCAGCAGAGAUCCAUGUCACCGCAAAGCUUACUUGCCUCUGCCCAGUCUAAUCAGUCCAUGGAGGACUUGACGAAGAGGCACAGAAAGUACCCGUUGACAGUAGAUCUCUUGACAGCUUCUCUGAACAGGGCGAAAUACUUUAAGAAAGAGCGCCCGCUCAAGGUUGCAGAUUCGCAGUCUUGCCAGCAGUUAAUACACACGAUUCCGAGCAGCCAAAGAAAAAACAAAAUGGAAAGUGCUGUGUGAUGGUGUCCAUUAGGUGUUGAUAAGUAGACGGAAACAGUGAGGCUCGUUAAGGGAAGCGAUUUCCAAUUCGGUGAAGAGUGAAAUCAGUGGCAUUGCCUUUGAUACUGAUGAAAUGUAUGAACAUCGGUAAUACUAUAAUGAUCAAAUAUGAGAAAAACCUUCUUAAAUUAGUAAAAAAAAAAAUUUACAUGAAAUAAUUAGCAGCACUCAUCAAUUUCCAGUACGUCGAUUUGAAGAUACUAUACAAAUAGAAUAUUUUCAAAGUCAGUGGCCUGGCAGUGAUAAAAUCCAUAUCCUGUGAAAAGGGUACGCAGUAAUGGAUAAGCCCCUGAUUAAAUUCGUGCAGUGGAAAAUAUGAUAAUGAAAAGUGAAAAGGCGAUGAUGGUGAAUAUUAUUAAAACAAUUACCUCACACCAUGCGAUUAUAAUAUUAAAAAUUUUGGAAUUUUGGUAUUGUCGUCAGUAGAUUUAUUAAACUCAUUUAUUCUAGACCGUCAUAAUAUGCGGAAAUUUAUCCACAUAUUGUUUUAUGUUAUUUCAUUCUCGUCUUCUCAUAUCUUUUCAUGUACUUCACCAAAAAAAUAUGAUUUUGCUUUUAAAUUUGUGUAAUGGGGGUUAGGGGCACCUUAAAGAACGUCUCUUAGACAAGAUGGUUUUAGCAGUGACUUAUUCCGUUAUACUUUAAUCAGUAUCAUUGACUAUUCUGUUUACGUAAAGUGGCGUUGUUGUGUUUAUGUUCAUAGGCGCCAACAUAAUCAGCGUAUUUGCUCAUGAAUAUCAGAAUGUUACAGGUCACUUUCGUAAUGAACCGCAGUGAAAUUACGUUUUAAAAUAAAGUACCUUUUUUCUAAGCGAUCAAAGAAAAAGCGAGGUGAUAUCUGACACAAAACUUUGUGCCCAAAGGAUGGCAACAUUGCCUCAGAAAAUAGUGAGAUACUUGAAGGUAUCCCCCGUCUGUGUGAAAUAUUUAUAAUGGAGUGGAUACCUAUGAUACACUAAGAUGGAAUGGAUAUGGUAUGUGUCUGUAGCCAUGUCUCUGUUUAGAUUUAUGUCAUUUGCAGGUUUCUUUUGGGAAGAGAAGAUCCUAUUUGUACUUAGUAAUAUAUGUAGUGUACUGGUUACGGACUUUGAGCUUUCUAGGCAUCACUCUGAAGGCGUUGUAUAUUUAUGUGGAUAUCUUUUGAAGCGAAUGUAGAUAUUUUUUAUGGUCUCAGAUAUUUGUCUAUUUCAUUAAAGUAAAUUUUAAUCAUAGGAAAAGGAAACUAAUAAUUUAGGAGGUAAAAUUCAUGAAUAGAUUGGGAAGAAAUUUCGAAUAAAAAAGAAAAAUUCGAAUGAAAGUCAUAGUAAGUGAUGCUGGGAGAACAAAAGUACAUUCUUCUCUAAAAUCGUGCCAAUGUACAAAGAAAAUAAUUAAGUAAGCUACUGAGUGUUUCAUUGACAAAAGGAAACUUGAGUAAUUUUACAGCAUAAGAAUCCUUGUGAGAGUAUUUGAGGAUUCUAUUUGAUUAAUUAUAAACUUGUGCAUAUGUAUAUUUACUCAAAGUAUAUGGUAAUAUCCUGAGCUGCAAACACACAAGUGUGUUUGUGUGAGUAUAAAUGUAGAAAUAUAUACAGAUAUCUUUGUUUAUAGAAACUUCGCGUAAACAGGAAAGAUAUACGUACAUGUAAAACAAAUAUGUUUCAU